AUGGCUUCUGAACCAGGCGAGUGCGCACCUGCGCUGCCCAACGGCUCCUGGGAGGGCUCGAAAUUCCCUCCAAAGGCCGAUCUGCGUAAGAUGAUGGCGCAGAGUCCAGUCCCGAUUCUCGCUCCUGGUAUGGUAGACAUGGCCUCCAUGGGGGGAGACGAGCCUGCGAGGCAGGCAAUCGCUGUCCUGGAAGCAUUCAACGUUGCUUUGGCAAGUGAAGACGUUGAAGGGCUGGGAAGCUUGUUUUGUGCCAAGCAGGCAUACUGGAAGGACCAGCUGGCCUUGACCUACCAUCUGCGGACGUUCUACACCCCUGGCGUGAUCGCGGCUGGUCUAUUGGAAACCAAGAACCUCCGACAGCUUGCGGGAGGCUUCCAGCUUGACACAGACGCACGGUUCAUACCAGCUACACCGGACCUUCAAUUUAUCGACGCUAGCUUCAACUUCGAGACCCUCUCGCCAGCUGCCACAUGCAGCGGAAGGUUGUUACUCCUGCCACUGAAGACGGACAGCAUAGUCGAAUGGAAGAUUUGGAUCUUGGGUACCAAAUUGGAGAACCUGGGCGUGCAAUCUGAGGAUGAGUCUCUGCUUCAGUCACCCCAAAGACAAUUGCAUGCUCUUGAGAGAUUCGAGACUGAUGCUUUCAUCGUCGGUGGCGGGAACGCAGCCGUCGCUCUCGCAGCACGUCUAAAGGCCCUGAACGUGGACUGCGUCAUGGCGGAGCGAAACCCCCGCGUUGGCGACAACUGGGCCCUGCGGUAUGAUGCUUUGAGGUUUCACGUUCCUACUUCAUUCUGCGAGCUUCCCUACAUGCUCUACGACAAACAGCUACAGACGCCCAACUACCUGCGCAAGAACGAUCUGGCUGACCAGGUGCGCCGCUACGUCGAGGCUUUCAACCUCAACGUCAUCACUUCCGCCGAGAUCAUGCAAACACGCCAGUUGCCAGACAAGCGGUGGUGCAUUGAGUUCCACACGCCCUCGGGCACCCGUACCGUCGUUGCCAAGCACCCCGUGCAGGCGACAGGAAUUGGGUCGCAGAAGCCCUACGUUCCGCACAUCGCCGGCGAGCAGCUUUACAAGGGCAUCAACAUGCAUUCCUCACUAUACAAAAACCCUGCUCAACUAGUCGCCCAGGGCGUCAGCUCAGUCCUCAUAAUCGGCUCAGCCAACACGGCGUUCGACGUCCUCGAAGACUGUCACGCCGCGGGCUUGAGAACGACUAUGGUCGCACGCUCACCCACGUACGUCCUGCCCGUUGAAUAUGUCUGUGACAAGCGCAGCCUCGGUGCCUACGAUUAUGGCGUGGCGCUGGCCCGCGGCCUGUGCCGGAAUCUCGCAUCACAGGAGCCUGAACGCUAUACCGCGCUCGCCAAAGCUGGCUUCGCUGUUCACGACAGCGCGCAUCCUGACACCGCGCUUAUGCACAACCUGAUCGAGCGCGGCUGCGGGCACUACGUCGACGUGGGUGGCACGGCGCUGCUAGCCGAAGGCAAAGCUGCAGUGAUAGGGGGCGUCGAGCCGGUGGGGUACACGGAGACCGGCCUGCGCUUCUCGGAUGGUAGCACAGCGGACGCGGAUGCCGUGGUAUGGUGCACAGGAUUCGCGGACAGUGACGCGAGCACUACGGUACCCGACAUCCUCAAGACUUCGCUUCCUGUAGAUGCAACAUGGGGUAUCGAUGAAGAGGGGAAAAUCCGUGGCAUAUGGAAACGCCAUCAGCACGUUGAUAACUACUGGGUCAUGGGCGGGUAUACCCAGCAGCACCGCUGGCACUCUCGGACAGUGGCCCUCCAGAUCAAGGCUGAGCUCGAGGGCGUGUUGCCCCCGGCUUAUCGAGAAACUCCUCGCGCGUAA